CACCUGGAUGAUGCGAUGGCAGCCAUAGUGCGCCAGAAUGCUCACCACAAACCAGCUAUCAGUGGGGAGGAAAACAGUAAUUAAACCAAUUCAUAAAUAGGGAUUAUUAGGAGACCAUGAUUGGUAAAGGCCAAUGGGAAAUUUGGCCAGGACGUCUUAAUUCACGAAUAGUUUAUUUUUUUGUUUCCUAGAGAAUUUCUAAAUGUAAUAAUCGUUAACUAUUGUAUUGAUGUGUCAGAGGUGUAACAAAGUGAAACCUGUGUUAGUAAAAUAAUCAGGCUUGAGCUACAGGUUCCCUUGCAGUGAUUGUGAUUAAUGCAUAUGCAUAUAAAGAAAAAUGUUUUUAAAUGAAGUUCAAGUUAAAAAGUUUUCAAGAAUUUACGUUGUUUUGAUGGAUUGUGAUGUGUAUAGUAGUUCAUGUGUACAGGCUCUGUUUCUGAAAAUGUCCUGUUGUGCUUCAGAAAUCCAAUAGAUGGCACCAUAGUGUCUUAUAAAGCAAGAAUCGAGACCUACUCUCUGGUAUUAUCAAGGUGUAAUUAUAUAUGCCAAACAGCAAAUCUCCUGCUUCUACUGUUUAGUUAAAAAGAGCAGUUAAGAAAGCCAGUGUGCAUGUUUGAUAUUCUAGCUGUCUUUAAAACAUUAGCACCUGAAAAGCUUGAAGAAGUUGUUAAAUUGGUAUGUUUGGGUCAAUAGUGAGCCGAGGUUAAGAGUUGAGAUGGAAAUUUAAGACAAUAUGGCCAUACAGGAUUUCUGUUUAGCAACAAAAUACUUAUGAAGAAGUAUUCAUACUGUACGUAGUGCCUAACAGAUUUAUAAAUAUUUAGUAAAAUGAAACUGUCUAAAAAAAUACGUAAUUAUUUUUAUAGUCUUUUACAGCUCAGUGUUUCUAAAUAGAAGGCAAUGAUCCGCUUAAACCUGCAAGUCCCAGAAUGCACGUGUUCAUAUCCGGGAUGCAUCCUGUUAACCUCUGAACCUCAUUCCGACGUAAUAGUCAGUGGCGACGUGGAAAUAUGGUGGAAUAAAACAGAAAAGUGGGAGAUACUGGCAAUAUUUAAUUUUGGGUUAAUUAUAAACAGGGACAACCUUUCGAUUGAAGCUUCCUGUGGAUUGCACAGCAUCUGGGACACGAACAGUUGGAAGGAAAAGGUGUCUUUUCGAUCAAAGCAAUUGAUUUUUUAACAGGAGACUUAAAGAUUGAUCUGGAGUCUCAUAUUUCUAGAAAGAGCCAGAGAGGUACCUGCGGAGGCAGAGUGAUUCAGUCAACAAGCAAUUAAACACAUACCAAGGAUCACGACUGAGGACAAUGAAGUUGUGACGGAUCCACCAAGCCCACGACUAGGAGAUGGGAGCAAACACGAGCCGCGUGAACGAUCUGUCAGAGAACAAGAACCUUAGGACCUUGAUUGGGACAGAACCCAUCUCGGAGAAUGAUCCCUUCUGGAAUCAGCUCAUCUCCUUCACCUUUGCCAGUCCUACCAAUAGUGCUGAUGCAAAGAUUUUGGAGGAAGCCAUCACCCCACUUGCCAAGAACCUGGUUGAGAACAAUCCAAGAACAGGAAACUUUGGGAGCCUUGUGAGAAUUUUCCUGAACAGAACCAAAGAGCUGAAAAUAUCCACAGAAUGUCAAGAUCAGCUUUUUAUCUGGCAAGCCCACAAUACACUGUUCAUGAUCCGCUGCUUGCUGAAGGUUUUCAUGAGCCAGAUGACAGAGGAGGAGCUGCACUUACAGUUCUCCUACCAGAAGAGGGAGCCAGGCACGUGUGCUUCUGAGAAAGAGGACCUGCUGGAGGAGAUGAUGUGUAACCUGGUUCAUCUUAUCAUAGAAGUGCCCUUGCUGGACAUCACCUACAGCAUCCUGUUUGAAGCAGUGACCACUGUCCUGGUCCUACUUUCUUCUCAGCUGUUUCACAAGGAAGUAUUGAGGGAUAGUCUCAUUUACAAGUACCUGAUGCAAGGUCGUUGUUUACCACUCACCAGUAGACUGGUGAAGACUUUGCUCUACAACUUCAUCCGGCAAGAGAAGUGUCCACCUCCAACUACUCAAAUCUUUGAGCCACAGGCAGAAGGAGGACUUCUGUAUGGACUGGCUUCAGGGGUUGCAAGUGGCCUGUGGACCGUGUUCACUUUAGGAGGAGCAGGAAGCAAACCAAACCCUGACCAGGAGCAACUCCUACCCCUAUCGAAUCAGAGCCUGCUGUUGCUGUUGGUGCUGGCCAACCUUACUGACAGGCCGGACUGCCCCAACCCUUACCGACAGGCAAUUAUGUCCUUCAAGAACACACAGGAUACAUCUUCUGUCCCCUCUUCACAUCCCCAUACUUUCCAGAUCAACUUUAAUAGCCUCUACACAGCACUCUGUGACGGGCAGAGAUCAGACCAGGCCACACUCCUCCUUUACACACUGCUUCAUCAGAACACCAAUGUGCGAAACUACAUGCUGUCGCGCACAGACAUGGAGAACCUUGUGAUGCCCAUUCUGGAGAUUCUGUACCAUGUAGAGGAGAGAAAUUCUCACCAUGUCUACAUGGCUCUAAUCAUUUUGCUCAUACUGACAGAAGAUGAUGCCUUCAACCGAUCCAUCCAUGAAGUGAUAUUGAAAAACAUUACCUGGUACACUGAGCGUACUCUGUCUGAAAUUUCCCUGGGGAGUUUGCUGAUCCUGGUGGUAAUUCGGACCAUUCAGUUCAACAUGACAAGGACAAGGGAUAAGUAUCUUCACACAAACUGCCUGGCUGCUUUAGCAAACAUGUCAGCCCAGUUCCGCUGCCUCCAUCAGUAUGCAGCCCAGAGGAUUAUAAGUUAUACCUGCCGCCACAUGCGGAGAUACUUGUAUGUCUUGGACAAUAUGUAUUUCCCUCGCUCCAAUUGCACCACGCUGGAGCACUGCUUCACUUCCCUGGGUGACACGGGUGAAGAACUCCUGCACUUUACUUGCUCUUACAUUCUCAGGUCCUAUGCUUCCAGCCUUUUUGCCCUGUUGUCGAAGAAACACAACAAAGUCCUGGAGCAGGCCACGCAAUCGCUUAGGGGGCCAUUCAGUUCUGAUGACACUGCGUCGCUCCCGGACUAUGCACAAGAUCUAAAUGUGAUCGAAGAGGUGAUCCGCAUGAUGCUGGAGAUAAUCAACUCCUGCCUAGCCAACUCCCUGCACCACAACCCUAACCUGGUCUAUGCCUUGCUGUAUAAGAGGGAGCUCUUUGAACAGUUUAGAAGUCACCCUUCCUUCCAAGACAUCAUGCAGAAUCUAGACGUGGUGAUUGGCUUCUUCAGCGCACGGCUGGAGCAGGCCGGGUCUGACCUAUCUGUGGAACGUGUCCAAGAGGUCAUCAAGCAAGGAGCUGUGGCUCUGCCCAAAGAUCGGCUCAAGAAGUUUCCGGAGCUGAAAUUCAAGUAUGUGGAAGAGGAUCAGCCUGAAGAGUUCUUCGUGCCGUACGUCUGGUCCUUGGUCUUCAACUCUGGAGUGGGUCUAUACUGGAACCCACAAGGCAUCGAGCUCUUCAGCAUGGACUCGGGCUAAGCGUCUGCGCUCAGUGUGUGUGAGCGCCCGCGUGUGUGUGUGCUGUGUUUGUGUGUGUGCAUGUUUGCAAGUGACAAUAUCCUCCCCCAUGUGCAGCAGCAUGGGAUGAGGUCCUGCUGUCUUUGUGGUCCUCAGAGAAGCUGUUGCACAUGGCUUUCCAUUUCUAUUUGUCUGGGACUCAACAGCUGUCUACAGUGUUCUGCAGCUUCACUAUCGGAAUGGAGCAGAACUCAUCCCAGGAGACCAAAAAGGGUGAGCUAAGCAAACAGGAAAGUACGCAUCCAUGGCUAUGAUCUUAAACGAGCAGCUAUAUAGACAUAGGUGUGCAUUUCAUUUACUUCUUAAGUGUUAAUUAUGUGAUUUUAUUUUUGCUACUUUCUCAUGUUUCUAAAUAUUUUUCAUAAUUUUGGAGAAAGAAAAAAAUGCCCUGGCCCUGAAAUUCCAAGGAGAUGUGAUGUGAUGAAACUGUGAUGCGGAAAUUGAUUGCCGAACCCCUUUCUCUUCAUUUUGUUUUUGAAAUAUUAAGUAGGGUUUUUAAGGGUCAGGAAAGAGGUGUGUGUGUGUGCGUUGAAGCAGAUCACUUACAACAGUCAUCCAUUGAAUGUAUAGGUGCUCAUUUCACAGAUGAGCUGACUUUUUCAUUUACCCGUACUUUUGUCUUCUCUUAGUUUAACACUGUGUUUUUACACACUAAGAGGGAAACCCCAACAAAUUAAUCUCUCACAAAACAAGACAAAGACGCGAUAAGGCUGAUAACUUGAUGUUGUUUAUUUUUGCUCACAAGAGGUAAUCUCAGUACUAACAUCCUAGAGAUAUCUCUUAUACGUCUUCUUCAUACAGUAGAUGUAUUUGUCAAAUACUCAGUUAAGCCUGUCUAGAAAAUAGUCUUUUCUUCCUGGUCACUGUGUCAGUAUGAAGCUCUUUGAACUCGAGAGAAAUUGAAGUGUGCAAAAGACAGCAUGCCUUUUAUUGCAGAAGUUUAAAUAUAUUUUAAAUGUGUUUUGUACUUAAAAGGGCUGAGGUACCAUACAAUACAAAUAUAAAUGAGGACAAAAAGAGAGCCCUUAUGAGCACCUGCGCAUUUGACCUUUAAAUUAUCUCUGUUUGGAUUUAGGAAUGCAUGAAUUAUUGUACAGAUAGUUUUGGAAAGCAUGUUUGUUACACUGUCACGAAUCCCAUGGUAGAGAUUCUGGGUUAUAAAGAAAUUGUGAGCAAAGCUGAUGUGAUUAGGUCUUGUUUGGCAAUUUCUUAUUGUGUUACAUUCGUAACAGCCGAACAAAAUGGGUGCACUGUGUAGAUAUUACUGUAUAAUAAUUUAUUGGGAUUGCCUUAGCUAGCUUUAUAUUGGGCUGUUGUGAAGGGAGACGGAAGGGGUCUUCACUUUUCUGUUACCUGCAGCUCUGUGGUUGUGAUUGAUAGCACAGAUCAUGCUGUUACACAAUAAACAGGAACAUCAGUCACCAGCAAAGUUCAAAAAGUGCUGUGGCAGUGUUUUUUUUUUUUUAUUUGGACUGUUAUUUGGUAGAUAACACCUUUUAUUUUGCAAAGCACACUGCUGUUUAGGAAGUUUAAAAAACAUGUUAUUGAAACAAAAAGGGCCUGUGAACCUGCUGGCCUGUGAAAAUACAAAACUGUUGAAUGUUACUAUUCUCAGGUAACUAAAAGAAGAAAAAAUACAGAAAAUUUAAAAUAUUUACUUUAAAUGUUUAACUGUGGGUGGCAAAAUAUUUAUCCUCUGCAGAGCGUAUACCAGUCUACACUGUAGUGUUUUUUAUUCUACAAUGUAAACAAAUACAAAUAAAAAAUAUCAAUACCGAG